AUGGCUUACAAUGUCAGCGAUAGCUUCCAGGUCAUGAUGCAGUGUAUCGAGGACCCGCUGUUCACUGAGACGUUGCGGCGCUUCGAGCGAGAGCACUGCCGUGAGUUUGAGGAGCAAGAGGAGAACAAGCUGUCCUACACCAUAAUCCACCAGCAUUACAUCCAGCUGAUCGAGAUGUGGAUCGAGGGGCGGAUGGCCCAGGUCAUUGAGGGCUUCAGCAACCGGACAGCACUUUAA